GAGAGAGAGACACAGACUAUAUAUACAUAUGGGUGUGUGUGUGGUGGUGUUUUUUUUAAAGACUUGUUUACGCAUUUACAAACAAACGAACGAAUAACAAAUCUGAAAAGGGAAAAUACUUCCCUCGUCGGUAAAUAAAAAAGUGUUACUCGGUCGCAAGUUUUUUAAAAAGGGAAGGGUUUUUUUUUUGCGUCUGCUGUAAACAAGUUCUUAAUAUAAAAUACAGUUUCACUUUCAAAGUGAAUGAUAGCUACUCGUCUCUCCUCUCUGUUUUCAUGUAACAACACACCGGUCGAACAGCUGCUGAACUAGAGUACUGGAACAGGGUUCAGACCCCCGUGAUUUAGACUAACUUCUCCACCCAAAAAACUGAAAAUGCGUUCCAGUUGUAGCUGCAUAUCAGAAGAUGCAGUCGCUUGGUUUAGCUGAUGUGUUAAUUUAAACGCGAAAACAAAUAUUUGCAGUACCUUCUUAAAUGCGAUAUGCCUUGGCUAAUUUUAAGAAAUCUAUUUCCCAGCGUUUUUCGCGUGUGGCGCUCACAUGAAACAGAUAUGCAGAUAUUUCGAAAACAACAGACGCCUCCAGCCUUUGCAGAGUGUAGGAUCUGGGUGUUUUAUUAAACACCGUGUCGAUAAAACACAACCCAACCCGAUUUUACAGCGCCUCCGCGGUCCUGUGCGCUGGAACCGGGCGCUGUUUUUGCCUUUUGAACUCUUGCCUGUUUGGAGCGCCGCUGUGCUCUUGCGAAGGUCACCCAGCAGACUGUAUUAAUAACUCAGGAGCUGGACCCUGACGUGGGAACACAGCUGUUUUUCAAUUCCAAUUCAUUUUUAAAAAUCUAUAUCCUCUCCCUUAUCUUAAUCCAUUCCAACACACCAUUGAUCAAAAUCGGGGUUGACAGGCUAGAAUGAGCUUCUCACAACCCUGGCAACAAAAUCACUUCAAUCGAAGCCACUGUUUUAGUCCACAAAUAAAACUGGCUUUCAAGUGAAAGCAGCUGAAGGAUCUCAACAGCUAUUGUGCCUCCUAAGGUAUCUAUUCCAAUUCCUUUCAAUUUGAAUUGGAAUUGGAAUUGACAGAAGCCUGAUCAUGCAGGUCUGGAUUCAGUGCGUGCCCGUACCGUGCAGUAAGCUGUUAGAAAUAAAAGGCCGCUGUGCUGCAUGUGACCCUCGAUUGUCUUGUCAGUGUGAACCUGGCUGCCCCCCGCUGUGUGUCUGCUGACCCGGCAGGGUGCCCUAACUUCUCAUGUGCCAGGACGGUCUCUCCAAAAUACCCAGCCUUGUCAAGUAGACAAACAAACACACAAACUUACAUUAUUUUGACGUAUUUCAAAACUUCAACAAACUAACAAAAAUGAAACCGGCAAAACUAAAUCUAGUGUGAUUUAGUUCCCGGCUGGCUCCCUGUUUUGAGGAGUUGAUUCCUGAGACACCCCUGAUCCACCUCUUCUGGAAGGAAGUCCAUAGAAAUUUGUUGAGGGCAGAUUGUGGCUGUGGUUUAAGUCACAUGAAGGCUUCAAGGCGUGGCAGACGUGUUGUGGGGAUCGAUUCUGGAUCACAGUUAGCCUCACAAGAUCCCACCUCUUGCAGCGUUGAAAACCUCCUGCCAUGCAUAAAGCACCCAGUCAAGACAUUGGAUAUUGGGGGUGAAUCUUGACGAAACCUUGCUUGUCAAUAAGACUUACUGCUCCAGAGUUCGUCAAAGUAUCGAUUUGCUCUAAAUAUACUUUAUUGUGUUUCAGUUUUUUUUGCACGAAGGAAUUUCUUCUUCAAAAAAGGCCACCGCGGUGCAUCGUUGCCUAAUCAAGUUGGUUGUCACAGCCAGCCUUGUCGUGCAAAAUCCUGAAAUUAAACGCUGUGAUGUUUUAAAGAUGUGAAAACUCUGUAGCGGUUGAAAUAAGAGAGUUGUUUUUAUUUUUUUUGCCCCCCUGGCGUAGACACAAAGCAUGCCUCUGGGGUGGCGGAGAGCGUUUGCUGUGCUUCUCGUACAGGUGUGAAAAGACAGAAAGAGGAAGACACGGUCGAGCUGGCUCCCUGUGGCCAGCGCCUGUUUUUCAUUUUCUAAAGAACUUUACGAAGGGGACAGAGCCCAAGAAUGACAUGCACAAGAAGGAGGAAACCAAACACUGGGGGAGAUUUCCCAGCCAUCGCCGUCCCGUCUAUGAAGGGCCACGGAUACCUGGACUACACCAUUGAGAGCCACCCCUCCAAGGCCCUGGAGAGAAUGGACGAGUUCCGCAGGCAUGACCAGCUCUGUGACCUCAUCCUUCACGUCACCUACAAGGACCAGCGAGAGGAAUUCCGGGUGCACAAGCUGGUCCUGGCGUCCUGCAGCUCCUACUUCAAGGCCAUGUUCACAGGUGACUUCAAGGAGUGCCACGCCUCGGAGGUGACGAUCCGGGACGUGGCCCCCUGCGUGAUGCAGCGUCUCAUCGAGUUCGCGUACACGGCGCGUGUCACGGUGGGGGAGAAGUGCGUCCUGCACGUGCUGCUGGCUGCCACGCGCUACCAGAUGGAGGACGUGGCCAAGGCCUGCUGCGACUUCCUGGCCAAGAACCUGGAGCCCGCCAACGUCAUCGGCAUCGCCAACUUCGCAGAGCAGAUCGGCUGCAAGGAGCUGCACCAGAGAGGGAGAGAGUACAUCAACACGCACUUCAGCAAGGUGACGAAAGAGGAGGAGUUCUUUAACCUGUCCCACUGCCAGCUGCUGGACCUCAUCAGCCAGGACAGCCUGAAGGUUCUGUGCGAGUCCGAGGUGUACAAGGCCUGCAUCGAGUGGGUGCGCUGGGACCCGGAGGGGCGGGCGCAGUACUUCCACGCCCUGCUCAACGCUGUGCAGAUCUACGCCCUGCCGCCCAGGUUCCUCCAAGCCCAGCUGCAGGAGUGCCCCAUCCUGAGCAAGGCCAACUCCUGCAGGGACUACCUGUCCAGGAUCUUCCAGGAGAUGGCACUGCACAAACCUCUGCCGCCCCCCAGGCUGAGGGGGAACAAGCUCAUCUACCUGGCCGGGGGCUACCUGCAGCAGUCGCUGAGCUCCAUGGAGGCCUGCGACCCUCGCAUGGGGCAGUGGACCAGGCUGGCCAGCAUGGACGCCCCCCGCAGCGGCCUGGGCGCCUGCGUGCUCUUCGGGCUGUUCUUCGUGGUGGGCGGGCGGAACAACUCCCAGCAGGAGCACACGGACUCGGCCUCACUCGCCUGCUACAACCCCAUGACCAACCAGUGGACCCAGCGGGCAUCGCUCAACGUGCCCAGGAACCGCGUCGGGGUCGGCGUGAUCGACGGGGGCAUUUACGCGGUGGGGGGGUCCCACGGGUCGGUGCACCACCGCAGCGUUGAAAAAUACGACCCUGAAACGAACCAGUGGACCUUCGUGGCGCCCAUGUCGGUGGGGCGGAUUGGUGCUGGAGUGGCCGUCUGCAACGGGCUGCUGUACGCGGUGGGGGGCUUCGACGGGGAGAGCCGCUGGGACAGUGUGGAGCGCUACCACCCCGACACCAACACCUGGCAGCCUGUAGCGUCUAUGGGAUCCAUCCGCAGUGGAGCCGGGGUCGUCAGCUUUGAGAGUUGCGUGUAUGCGGUGGGCGGGUACGAUGGCACAGCGCAGCUCAGCAGCGUGGAGCGCUACAGCGUGGCCAGUGACCGCUGGGAGCCCGUCUCUCCCAUGAAGAACCGUCGCAGUGCUCACGGAGUGACCGUGUACCAGGGCAAGAUCUACGCACUGGGGGGCUUCAACCAGGAGGGCUUCCUGUCCAGCGUGGAGUGCUACAGCCCAGAGAGUGACGAGUGGACGCAGCUGGCCGACAUGCCCCGGAGACGCAGCGGGAUGGGCGUGGCCGUUACCAUGGAGCCCUGCCCUGGCAACCUGGAUGAGUGGGAGGGGCAAGAGGAGGAGGAGGAGGGGGGCGGUGAUGGAUGAGCCAGACAGAGGGACUGGGUUGAAAACGCUGCCUCUACCAUCUUCCAGUUUGUUUGAUUUGUAAAGCUUGAAAAUGUAUAAAUGUCCUAAUUUACCUUGUAUAUUGAAUUUAUAUGUAAUAAUAUUAAUAGUGCCAAUAAUAAUAAUAAUAUAUUGUGUAACAGCAUGCAAGGCAAAGUGUACAGAAAGCGCUGUGCUGUAAAUAGGUAAAGUAUUUACACACUAUUUUGGAGAAUCAAUAAAUGAAGGUGCUUGUUGUA